UGUGUGAGCACCUUUAAUUAUAUUGUCAAGUUUUGUUUACGUGGCUUGCAAAAAUAGAUAAUUUUUAAAGCAAAACAAACUAAAUGUUUUAUACAAAUAUACAGUAAACCAUUAAUUCAAAGAAUUAACUAAAAUGGCUGUAACCAGCGGAGUGUCUUUUGCAUUAUCUGCAAUAAUUACAGUACUUCUUUUUUCUGGAAUGCAAAUGUACAAAAACUGGCUUUCAUCUACUCAGCUCCACACAGUUUUUGGAGGUUAUAUAGGUUCAUUAGUUUUUAUAUUUUCACUGACAGCACUUGGAAAUUUGGAAACUAUUAUGUUCGGAAAAUCCUUUCAAAUGAAACUUUUUCCCGAAGUUUUCAUUUCCUUAAUAACAUCUCUAAUUGCAUCCGGAUUGGUGCAUAGAGUUUCAACUACAACAUGCUUCCUCUUUUCCAUAGUUGCACUUUACUAUAUUAAUCGGAUUUCUCAACAAACAUAUUCGACGGCUGCACCGACAGUUCCUGUACAUACAAAAAAGAAGAAAUAAAAAUGAAAUUUACACAAUUCGCGGAGAACACAAAAAAAAAUCUAAUUUUUCUAUAGUCUACUUACAAGGCAAAUAUUAAUUAAAAUAUUCCGAAGUAAUUUAAAUGUGGUGAAACACAAAGAUAUUGGAGGUAUGUUAUUGGUUAUAUUUCACUUCAUGAAAAAUAUAAUUUUUUUUUUGUAACAGGAGGACUGAUUAAUAAAGAGAUUUAUUUAAAAUACAGACUACAA